UGUCACAGUGCAGGCAUCAGACACAAAACACCAACUGACUCCAUACAGAAAUGUGUGUUAUCUGUUUCAAUUCAGUACAUAAACUGAAGCGCAGGAAGAGAGCGGACAAACAUCCCGUCGAGAUAAGUCAAAAGGAAAUGACCCAGCAUCCUCUGUGUCACUCAUACAAUAGCAGAAGAUGUAACCCCAUGUCAAGUAGAGUUUCUAACGUCAGUGGUUGGGCAGUGUGAAGGGUGUGAGUGUGAUGGAUGACUUUUGGACGGGCAUUUUAGUGGAGUGGCAGAGGGGUCACUUGAUAGAAACGGUGCACACCUCUUUAGGACAGCUCUGAAGAGAAGAAGAGUAACAUGAUCACAAUAUCAAACGGACAAUAAUGGAUUCGCACUUCAGAGGCGCCUUGUGGACGAUACUCAUCCUCUUCACACUGCCACACCUUACCUACAACAUGUUCUGCCCCAGCAGCUGCUUGUGUAACUUUAAAGGUGCUGUGAAGUGUGUUGGUGACACCAUCACAGAUAUACCAAAGCAGCUGCCUGUCCACACAUACCUGCUGCAGCUUAACGGCACAAUAAUGAACGUCAUAAAUGAGCAGAGCUUGGCAAACAGGGACCUCUUGCUGCGUUUCAGUCUGACUCACAGUCAUUUACACACAAUCCAUCCCAGAGCCUUCCAUGUGGCUCCACAGCUCAAGUCUGUCAAGCUGUCGUACAAUGAUCUCUCUACCCUCCCUGCGCGGGUUUUCAGUCCAAUGACCACUCUGGAGCAGCUGCAUUUAGAUGGGAACCAGUUGGGGACCAUAGCCCCGGAUAUGUUUAAAGGACUUGUCGGGUUACUGGAUCUGGACCUGAGCCGGAACAAACUGAGUAGUCCUUCUUCAGAUGUUUUCGAUAAACUGUCCAGCCUUAUCUUUCUGAACCUCGGCAGGAACUCCAUAAAGAAGCUUCCACCUACCAUCUUUCACUCCUUGACUAAUCUCAACCAGCUCAUGCUCUAUAACAACGAGCUAGAGGUGCUAGAACCUGGGAUUUUUGACAAACUUAUCAACCUUGAGGAGCUGAAAAUCCAUCAAAACUACAUUACCAGCCUUUCACCUCAGGUGUUCUGGUCACUGAAGAACCUGAGGGUCCUCACCCUGUCCUCCAACCGACUUCAGGCUAUCCCAGAAAAGAGCUUCUACAACAUGCCAAAGCUGAGAAAGCUAACCAUUUACAACAACCCCCUGUUAUCUCUGCCAGACCAGCUGAUGGGACACAUGCCUGACAUUAUUGACUUUUAUUUGUAUGCCACUAACCUCACCACUGUUCCUGGAAAUUUGUUUGCCAACAUGUCUGGACUCCUGAGGCUUAACUUCCAUUUAAAUGACCAUCUGAGGGAGUUGCCCUCAGACCUCUUCUGCUGCCUUCCCAAGCUUGAGAAACUCUCACUGAGAUCCAACAACCUUCAUUAUCUACAUCCUCGGCUGUUCUCCGGACUAACCACACUUGGCAUACUGCUUCUUAAUGAUAACAAGCUGCAGAGCCUUCCAGAUGACAUCUUCCAGGACCUUAGCAGGGUUGUGUCAAUUGAUUUGAAGAAUAACCAGCUUAUGACUCUUCCAGGAGAUAGUUUCUUGUCAAAUACAGCUUUGAAGGCUCUUGGACUGAGUGGCAACCCCUGGGACUGUACUUGUAGUAUCAGAGGUAUUGCAAAAUGGAUAAGACAUAAUGAGCAUGUGGUUCUUGAGGGACAGGAUGUGAUAUGUCACAGUCCAACGUACCAACUGCUCCGUACUGUUGGCUCACUGCGUGAUGAGGAGUUCAACUUUUGCGACACUAUGAAAGUCACGCCAAGUUAUUUUUUGACACACAAGCCAAUAAAAACAUUCCACACCACUUCAACUCGUGGACAAACAACUGUUGUAGCUUCUACAACUACACCGUCCCCAAAAACAUCUACCAUCAUUCAAGGAGCUACUCAACAAUCCACCACUCCAUCUUCACAACCAUCUUUACAUACCACGAUCCUACCAACAACUCUCCAAACUCCCACCCCUACCCUGCCUAACAAGGAGUUUCUCUCCAUUCCUGAGACUCCCUCACCUCCUUUCUAUGAAAUGUUGGUGAUUGAACAGGGGCCCGAGUUUGUUCACCACAACCCUCACAAGGCCUGGGUGUAUGUGUGGUUUCUGCCCUCAGAUAUGACCAUGACCGGACUUCUCGUGUUUUCUCACAUCCUUCUUGUGGUCACAGGCUUGGUCCUCAUUCUUGGUGCACUGUUUUACAUGUAUCGCCUCAACAAGACCGUGAAUGAACUGAAGACUGAGUGUAAACAUCCUCCAGGGUUAUGAAACACUUUGUCAGGCUAGGUGCACAAGAGAUCAAGAUUAAGCGUCCUUUUCCCGAGGUUGCAGUUUAUAAACGAUUUCUCUGGGGUGUAAGUUUUCUUGAUGUUGUGCUAAGUUGUAUCUUCAAGUGUUAUGUGAGGACGGUCAGAAUAUGGGAUUUAAAAUAUUGUGACAAAGCUAAAGCUAAAGGAUAUUUUAAAGAGCAAAGACUUAGGCUAUGGUAAGACAAUACAUAUGUAAUAUUAUAUAAUACAGUUAAGCAUAUCAUACAGUACGUAAGCUUCACAAACAGCUGAAAUUAGCUUUUUUUAAAACAUAUUUUUGGUUGUAACUUUAUGUUAUUUGUAGAGCUAUAAGGUGCUGCUUGGAUCAAUCAAUUGAUAAAUCGAAAAAAAAAAUGUAAACCUAUUUUGAGAAUUUAUCAAUAAUUUCAGUGAUUUUUCUGUCAGAAAUGCCAGGCAUUUGCUAGAUUCAGCUUCUCAAAUGUAAAGUUUAGCUGCUUUUAUUUGUCUUGUAUAAUAAUAAAUCAAAUAUUUUUUGAGUUUUGGAUUGUUGGUCGGACAAAUCAAGCAAUUUGAAGACAUCACUUUGGGCUCUUGGAGGUUGUGAUGCGUGUUUUUUUGACAUUUCAUGAAACAAAUAGUUAAUCAGGAAAAUAUUUGGCAAAUUACUCAAUGAUGAAAAUAGUGAAUAUGUUUUACAAAAAUCAAAUAAAUUACCAAUUAAUGAUUAGUUCCUAUGUCCUUGUCUUAAUGCGUCACGCAAAAAGUGAUACAUAAUAAUGUCUCACAGUCUGUUAGUUAAUCUGUGUUUACCAUAUGAGCAAAACCUAUGUAGUGUGUAAUAUUAAGCUUCAUAAAGCAAAGUCAAGCCAAUGUAGUCAAGUUAUUUGUUUCUCUCUAGUGAUCAUAAAUGUUUGUUGUAACCUUUGCUUAAUCAGUCUGAAUAAAAUGCAUUAUGUGCAA